UGGUUCAUGUUUUUAAAUUUGUGAAUUUAUAAGAUUUUAAAAAUAAAACAAUAAUUAAAAAUGUCUGCAACGAUAGACCAGAAGGCAUACUUACAAAAGUAUUUAACUGGAACAACUGGAAUCAAGAAAAAGAAGAAGAAAAAAGUCGUCAAAGGACAAGGGUUCAAGAUAAUAGACGAUGACCUAGAUUUGACCAAGUUAAGAGCACUAGAAGGUGAUGAACUGGACAUUCUGGAUGAUGGAGAGGAUGCGCCGCAGAUUGCUGGCAUUAUUGAUGAGAGGCCGGAAGAAAUAAAAAAGAUGGAACAAUUUAAAACUACUUCAAAAUGGAGAGUUAUCAAUCAGGAUGAUGGAUUCAACAGUAAAUUGCAAAUAGAAGAAAUCAAGAAAGACGUUAAAGAAAUUGAAAAAGAAAAUGAGUUAAUAUUUGGUAAAAUGUAUAGUGAUUCCGAGGAUGAAAAGAAAAAUGACUCUGAUCUUUCACCACCACGAAAAGGUGUCAAAGAAAUUCAAGAUAAUUCAAAAAGACAGAAUAAUAGUGAUAGUGAUUUUAGUCCACCUAGAAAAAGAAAUGCAGAAUCACCACCAAAGAAAACAAAAUCAAAUAAUAAAAAUUACGACUCAGAUUUUUCACCUCCAAGACGAAAAGAAAAUCAAGUAUCAAGAGAAAAAUCUAGAAAACAAAGUCGAUGGGAGCAAAUAGAUGAUGCUAAGAAUAGAAACAGAUCACCUAGCACUGAAACAAGAAAUAAAGAACAAAAAAAUCACAAACAAUCAAAACAAAAUAAAAAUUCUAAAAGAUCAAGCAGUUCUGAUCUAUCACCACCAAGAAAAUCUCAAAAAACAAGGGAUAGCACUGAAAGAUCAUCUCAGAAAUCUAAGAAACAUUCACCAAGAAGAAAUAGGAAUUGUAGUCCAGAUUCUGAUCUAUCACCGCCUAGAAAAUCUCAAAAAACUAGGCAUAGUAAUGAAAGAUCACCUCGUAAAUCCAGAAAAGAUUCACCAACUAGAAAUAGGCACCAUAGUCCAGAUUCUGAUCUUUCACCUCCUAGAAAAAGAAGAGAAUUACAGAAGAGAAAUGAUAGAAAACAUAAUACAGACCAUACUAGAUAUGAAUCUUCGAAAGAUAGCUAUCCAAAAGAUAAACGAAAUAAACGGAAACAAGAAAGUGACUCAGACAUGUCACCUCCUAGAAGAUCGAACAGAGAAGACAGAGAAAAGAGUUACAGGAGAAAUAGCGACAGUCCUCCACCAACUAAUAAGAAGAUGGCAAGAACUCUGGAAGGGAAACAAGCGGGACUUCAAGAUGCUGUACAAUUGAGACAGGAGAAUGAGAUGUUUAGGAAAAGAGAAGAGGAAGCAUUCAGUAAAAUGACAGAUGAUAUUUCUGGAAGAAAUGCCAAAGCCGUUUCUAGGAAAGGCAAAAGGGAGACGUCAGAAGACAGACAGAAACAGAAAGAAAAAGCAGACAGACAAAAAGAGUUGGAUGAAAAAUAUAAAAGAUGGAAUAAAGGAAUAAAACAAGUAGAAGCUCAAGAAGCUAAGAUACAAGAAUAUAUGCAUGAAGCGUCAAAACCUCUCGCAAGACACAGAGAUGACAGAGAUCUGGAAGAUACAUUGAAAAGAGUUGAAAGAGAAGGAGAUCCGAUGCUGAGGUAUAUCAGAGACAAGAAAGUAGAGAGAGGAGAGUUGCCACCCGAAAAACCUAAAUAUAAGGGUAAUUUUCCACCGAAUAGGUUUAAUAUAAGACCUGGCUAUCGCUGGGACGGUGUUGACAGAUCAAAUGGUUACGAAAAGAAAUACUUUGACCAACAAAGCAAGAGGAAAGCCCAACAAGAAGAAGCAUAUAAAUGGAGUACAGAAGAUUUGUAA